AUGCUAAUGCCGGGUUAUAAAUUGAAGAGCAGCUCCUCCAGAGACGUCAGAGCUGACAGACCUGAGGAAGCAGUUCUCUUCACCUGCACAGACAUGGCUCCCUGCUCCACCGCCAAUUCCUCCGCUCAUCACAUCAGCAUCAAACUGAGAAAACCCAUCGUGGAGAAAAUGCGCAGAGACCGCAUCAACACCUGCAUCGAGCAGCUCAAAACCAUCCUGGAGAAGGAGUUUCACAAGCAGGAGCCCAACUCCAAGCUGGAGAAAGCCGACAUCCUGGAGAUGACCGUGAGCUUCCUGAGGCAGCAGCUUCGGUCGCGCUCCCACCGAGGCUACUCUCACUCCACGCACUUUGUCUCUGGUCCGUCCGCGCAAGACCAGAAGCUGCAUCUGGUCCAGGGAAGCAGAACCUUCUCCACAGUCUGCUCCACCUCACUGCAGGACAGCAGCAGCAGCAGCAGCAGCAGCCUAAGCAAAGUGUGGAGGCCUUGGUAGAUAAGAGACAGAGACACUCUGAGACCUGAGGUUGCUCUCACCCUCACUGUGUAGGAAUUUUAAUUUCCAGCCUUCUUAGUGUUACUGAGCGUGUUUACUGUUCCAUCACAUUGAUGAGAAGAUACGUAAAAGGCAUUCUGGCUUGGUUAUUGUCAGUGUUUGGCUCCUUCGUAAAACGGAGGGAACUGAAGUUAAAGUUGUUCUGAAGUUGAACAUUUACGUUACUUGUUUGCCUUUUAUAAAGGACUAAAGGAAGAAAGAGAAAAUGCUGCACGUUACGCAAUCUGUUGUAAAACAAAGUAAAAUAUAAGUGUUAGAAAUAAGAAAUACGCUGUAAAAUGUUUGGCAUUUGGAUGUUAAUAAAAUGUAUGUUUUACUUUUAA